AUGGAAAUGGAAAGAAGCUCAUCGCUUCCAGAUGUUAAUAAGAGUUCACCAGUGGAUUUAAAGGAGUCCUUUUUUUCAUUUGGAUGGUGCACUGAUUCCGAAAUACGUCUUUUGAAAAAACUUUUGAUUCACAAACCAAUUGGUGUUGCAAAACAUUUUCAAAUGGCUUGCCUUGUUGAUUACAUGAACAAUAUCUACGAAGAUGAAGAUACAGAUUUUGAGGACAUUUUAAAUCCAGUGGAUUUGCAUGAACUGAAUGUUAGAAAAAAUAUUUGCGGGAAGCCACGGGUUUUUAAGCCAAAAUAUGUUAUAAGACCGACUGCAAGAAUGAUUUGGGAAAAGUUGGACGCUUUCUAUGAUUUAAAAGAAGUAGAAAAAAAUGAAUCGUCGUUAGAAGAUUUGACAGAAAAGUGGGAUUUUUCUCUGCCACCUGAUGAAUUUGGUGAUUUGUUACGCAAAAAAGAAGAAAUGAGCAAAAGGACUCCACAAAGUAGUCAUUCAUCAACACGCAGACGUGCUACGUUCUUCUGGUACUUUUACAUAUUAAUUUACACCAUUUGUAAGCCGUAGUU